CGCACGGUGACCUGUGUUCGCUCCCUGCCUCUGCUCAUCCGGGCUGAGUGUUUGACGUCCACGCACAGCGGCGCGGCUCUGCACCCCAACUUCCACAAAGUUUGCGUUUCCGGUCGUAAACAGGUCCUGUUUUUAAUCGAUGCUGCGUCGAUUGCCUGCCUCGUCACUCACUGGCGUCCAGUCAGCCUUGAGGUGUUACAGUUUGCACUGUGCGCGGAUAGGAGCGCAUUGCCGAUCAGCGUGAGGAGGACCGGGCGAGAGUUCGAUUCCGCGCCUGGUAAUUAAGUCAUUCAUCCCAGCCGCUAAAUCCCGCUCAAAAUCCAUCCUCCGUCACCACAGCCAUUCAUUAGUUUGCCUGGUGGGUCAUUAAUCCUCAAUGGAUUACACGUUUCAUCUCCUGCCUCCGACCCACAUGCAGCCCCGGAGAACCUCUGGAUACGACUUCAAGAACGGCUUGGUUUCUUUAUAAACAUUACGUUUGAUGGGACGGACUAGAGCGAACAGAGCCGGUGUUACCCCAUGUGAGGAAAUAUGGGGAACUGUGUCAAAUCGCCGCUCAGAAAUCUGUCUCAGAAGAUUCGGCACGAGGACAGGAGCAGCUACAAAGUGGUCGGGACCAGCGAGGAGAGAGCGGCGGACGGAGCGGCAGCGUCCCCUGCGGCCGACGACUACCAGGAUCCUCUGUUCGCCCUGGCUCACAACUGCGUGCUCAUGCACCAGCUCCUGGGGCCAGCCUGUAUCUUCCUCAGGAAGGGCUUCGCAGAGAGGCAGGCUGUACGACAGAGAACUGGGAGCAGAAGAAAUUGAAGAGUUAAGAGAUGCAUUCAGAGAAUUUGAUAAGGACAAGGAUGGUUUCAUUGGCUGUAAAGAUCUAGGCAACUGCAUGCGGACAAUGGGCUACAUGCCAACCGAGAUGGAGCUGAUUGAACUCUCCCAGCAAAUUAACAUGAACUUGGGCGGCCAUGUUGAUUUUGAUGACUUUUUGGAAUUGAUGGGACCCAAGCUUCUGGCGGAAACGGCUGACAUGAUUGGAGUGAAAGAGCUUCGGGAUGCUUUCAAGGAGUUCGACACAAAUGGAGACGGGGAGAUCAGCACGACAGAGCUCCGUGAAGCCAUGAAGAAAUUACUUGGCCAACAGAUCGGACACCGGGACAUUGAAGAAAUACUGAAAGAUGUGGACUUGAACGGUGAUGGGCGUGUUGACUUUGAAGAGUUUGUCCGGAUGAUGUCUCGCUGACCAAGGGAAACGGCCUCUGGACCAAGUUGGCAAAUAGCCGCCAAAUAACACAAACUGAUGCAGUGUCUUCAUACUCUGCUUGGGACUAUUAAACAGCCUUGCUGGCUAGGGAGCAAACUUUUCUGUUCCGAGCUGCUGAAGAAAUGCGAAGUGCCCAUCAUGCUGGGGCAUUGCGUAACAAACUGCAACUCUUUCUACUGUCAUGCUGCCUGGACUUCACAUUAAAAGUCAUCCCAGAAUCAUAUACAGGUGACCCCCACCAAGGACUGUACAUGUAAACAUGGUGGUGAAAGUAUACAGCGCUCAAAAAUAAAAUCACACACAUCAUUGACAGGUGAAAUGUAAAGCUGUAACAAGCUGUGUAUAAUUUGACGGUCUUUUAUGAGGCUUUACAGGAUCUAGCCUUCCGCGAAACAGAAUAUCAGCGA